AAAAAAAAAAAAAAAACUAAGAAGGAUUAAUAUUUACAGUAAGAAAUUCUUUUUUUUUUUAAAAAAAAAACAAAUAUUACUAUUCUAUUCCUCAUUUUUUUUGUAACAUUUACUCCCUUGGUCCCUCUGUCCAUCUCUUAUUUAUCCAUUCCUGAGUUCGCCGACAACCGCCAAAUCCUACCGGUUCAAAGCUCUGCAAUCGCCGGAAUUGACUCUGUUAUCCUCUCAGUUUAAUGACACAGUUUAAGAAAGUUUCCUGAGAACUGUAGCCAAUAUCAAUGUUCACAGAGUCAGAAAGUUUUCUGCACAUGCUAGCAUUGUGGACAACUUCCUAAUCUGAGGCACAGGUAUACCAGUUACAUUGCACAAAUACUUUUCUCUCAAUUGUUUCUGAAAACAUGCUGGAUACUUUCUCAGAUGAUGAAGUCUUAUAUCUGGCUUCAAACUGCUGAUGGUUCCAUCCAACAAGUGGAACAGGAGGUUGCGAUGUUUUGUCCACUAAUAUGUCAUGAAGUAAUGCAAAAAAGCAUGGGAUCAUCCAAGAAACAUGCCAUAUCUCUUCCUCAGCGGGUCAAUCCUGCGAUGUUGAGCCUAAUUCUUGAAUAUUGUCAGUUUCAUCAAGUGCUGGGUCAUUCUAACAAGGAAUGCAAGUCAUUUGACGAAAAGUUUAUUCGAAUGGACACAAAGAGGCUCUGUGAGUUGACAUCUGCCGCUGACAGCCUUCAGUUGAAGCCUUUAGUUGAUCUAACUAGUUGUGCUCUUGCACGAAUUAUUGAAGGGAAAACCCCUGAGGAGAUACGUGAGAUUUUUCAUUUGCCUGAUGAUCUUACUGAGGAAGAGAAGUUAGAGCCUUUAAAAAACACAACUGAUGACCCACGAAUUCGACUUCUGAACCGAUUAUAUGCAAAGAAGAGGAAGGAACUAAAGGAGAGGGAAAAACAAAAGGUGAUGGAGGUAUGCUUAAGUUUGGCUCUAGUCUAGCUUGUCUUAAUAGGGAUUUUUUUAAAAUUUUUAUAAUCAUAUCUUGGUAUUAUGAAUACGAUUUGAUGAACUCUUUAGCAGCAAAUCUUAAAGAAUAAUAAUAUAAUAGUAAAAAUGGUUUUGUUUUCCAUUUGGUGACCAAAGUGGACAAAAUUUAGAUAUUCUAAAUACUAAUUAGGCUGUCCAAUUAGUUCUGGCACAUAAGUUUCAUAUCCUGGAAGGCUGGAACUGCUAUAGAAAAAAAAAUCUUGUACUCUUUGAUGCAUAAUUAAUAUUGUUGGUGGGUGCAUUCAACUAAACUUUCCCUCUUAGUUUUUUUCCCCCCUACUUUACUUCCUUUUGAAGGACUCAUUGGAGGUAAGGAAAUUAUGUUUCACAGAUUCUAAAGGAAUUAAAACUUCAAAGAGUAAGAAGAAAAACAGAAGAAGAAAAGAGCUGCAAAAGAACAGCUCUUCAAAUGAGGACUCUAAAAAUAAUAAGGAGUCAGAUGGUCUCAGUUCUGUAUGCCGUAAUGCUGAGUCUGGUAAGAAACUUUGGCCCAGUAUAGGUGACACUUCAAAUUUACAAGAUGUUGAAGAUGACAUUUUUACAAAUAAGAAUGAGUUUGAUGAUGGUGACGUUGAUGAUGAGAUUGAUCCAGCAUUAAAGGAAGAAAUAGAUAGGGAGGUUGAAGACUUUGCCCGUAGAUUGAAUUCAGACUGGCCUGAGAGGAUGCAGGAGAUUCUUUCGUUGGGUCAGGAAAGGAAUCCAGCAAACUGUACCAUUAAUGGCGAUGGUUCCGUAAAAAGAUAUGAAGGUAUGUAUG